UACUUCUUUCGCUGUCGCUGUGUUUGUUGACACAGAUAACCUAGUUAGCCUGAUAUGGGGUCAAUCACAAGGCUCACCAGAGGAAUAACCAUGGCUUCAUAAAGAAAGUCCAUAAGAUGUUGAUAACAUUAUGUUACGUGUAUCUAUGGGUGCGCUGCCAGAAGUGUUACUCGGUGGUGAUAAAGAAGACACUGCGACGGCGCCUUGCGGAGAACCGCUCGAUCAGCUUCACCUUCUCCGUCCUCAACCCAGAGAGACCCCCGACCUGCUACGACCAGGCGGUACACACACAGCCGACCAACGACAAUGGUUUACACACACACCAGCAGUCCUCUCCGCCAGAAGAAACCAUCUUACUGAAGCUCCGGAAUAAAGCUGUGUACAUCACGGAGCACCAGGUAUGCCUCGACCUCACCAGGUGGACUCUGUUGGGGUCUGCUAUGGUGGGUGGCCAAAGGAUAGAGGACGUUUCAUUCAUUGUGGAAGGCCCUUUGGGAAAGGAUGUUGUCCAGCCUCCUCCUCAGACAUCCAAUAAGAAAGUGCUGAAGUGGUCUGAUUACUGUAUCCCCCUGGCCUGUAGCCCUGGCCCACCCUUCAAGGCUGUGGCCCAAGCCACUCUGGAUAACUUCAGUCGUCUGGGAGUGGCCUUCAUUGAAGAUCGUCUGCGGCUCGACAAUGGUCUCAUGCCUUCAAAAAUUGUCUCGGUCAUCCUCCAAGAGUCCAACAUCAACACGCUGUUUGAGAAGCUACGUUCAAACAGCCCCUUGUCAGCCAAUUCACUGAUUUCGGAAUCGUGCAAAAGGUUAGCGGAGGACCAGCAGAAGCCGUGCCGGAAGGGGAGCCUUCUCCUGGAUCCAGAGGCCAGGAGAAGGCUGGACGACAGGAGGGGUUCGGAGCCUCUCUGCAGUUCCCUCGGUCAGGGGUCCCUGGUCAGGGAGGAGGGUCGCUCAUCGAGGAACACGGAGCACAUGGAGGGCCACGGCCACCACCUCCAUCUGUCCAGCUGCAACGAGUGUCUGGAGCUGGAAAACAGCACAAUCCUCUCGGUCAAAUUCGCCUCAGCCGAAAACAUUCCCAACCUUCCCGACGACGACGGCGACGACUCCUCCUGCGUGGACGGCGGCGUCGGGACUCUGGCUGAGUUUGAAGAUGACGCGGGGGGACUUCCCAGUCUCAACGGCCUGGUCGGCGGCAAACCGCCCAACGUGCUGGUGUUCACGGCCGGGUGCCAGGAGCGCUUCCACAGAAUCCACCAGCUGCUGACCGAGUGCGUCGACACGGACGGCAGUGUGGUGUACCACCUCCGGCCCGAGCAGGCGCUGAGUGAGCCGUGGCUGGAGAGCACCAAGCUCUUGGUGCUGGCAGAAGAAGAGCCUCUCUCCCCUCAGCUGCAGGCCCGCUUCCUCAGCUACCUGGACCAGGGGGGCCGGGUCCUGGGGCUGUCCUCCACCCUGUGCCCCGCGGGGCUCUCCCUGGACAGGCCCACGCGGCACAGCGGCAAGCGGGCGAAGACGUUGAGCUUCACCAGGGAGGACAGUACGGAGCUGGAGCUCAGCGUGCUCCCCAGCGGGAGUGUGUUUGUGAGAGACGUGGUGGGCGGCGGGGAGGUCGAGCUCUGGGGGGAGCUGAAGGGGGCUGUCUCGCAGGGCCAGACGGACAUGGUCAUUAUCAGGAUAACGCAUGGUGACGACGGCGGGGAGGCGGUCCUGUGUCAGGUACACCUGGAGUUGGCUCCUAACUGUGAAGCUGUGGCUUCAGAAUGCUAUGAUAAGCUAAAGGUUAGCAAUGCAAGGCGCUACGAGGUGCUGACUGAAAUCCUCACCUCCCUGGGCCUGAACUGUGAGCUAAACCAAGCCCCGGUGUCGAGCCCCAUCUACCUUCUCUCGACCUCGUCGGCCAGCGAGGCCAGCUUCCUGAAAACGUUGCACAGCUCUGUGGACAAAGACUCGUACCUCAGGCUGCCCAAGGUGUCUCUCAAGGUGGUGUCCAGCGCUGAGCCCGACGGCCUGGUCCUGGAAGCAGGCUGCCUGGCGCUGGUGACCCGUCCUCCAGAGCCCCCCAGCUGGGACCACUUCAGCUUGGACACCUACAAGAGCCACCUGCGCACACGCACCCUGGGGCGCACCGUGCUCUACGCCGACGUGACCCCCACCACCAUGGACCUGCUGGAAGGGAUGGUUGUGAACUUACCGGAGAACGUUGGGUUGAUCGCUGUAGCUGGUCGACAGAGCCAUGGCCGAGGUCGGGGAGGUAAUACCUGGCUGAGUCCGUUGGGCUGUGCCAUGUUUACUCUGCAUGUGAAAGUGGCCCUUGGCUCCAGACUGGGUCAGAGGAUCCCCUUCCUGCAGCACCUGGCUGCCCUGGCCGUUGUGGAGGCCGUGUGCACCCUGCCCGGUUACCAAGACAUAGACUUGAGAGUGAAGUGGCCGAAUGACAUCUACUACAGCAACAAAAUCAAGCUGGGAGGAGUGCUGGUUACCUCCACACUCAUGGGGUCAGACUUCCAUCUACUUAUAGGCUGCGGCUUCAACGUCAGCAACAGCAACCCCACCAUCUGCCUCAACGACCUGGUGGCCCUCCACAACCGCCAGCACGGCACCAGCCUGGCACCACUGAGCAUCUCUCUGCUGAUCGCUCGCUCCGUCUCCACCCUGGAGGCCCUCAUCGCAGACGUCCAGGAGAAGGGGCCUGACGCCGCACUGCCCACCUACUAUAAGAGAUGGAUGCACAGCGGGACGCGGGUGCGGCUGUGGAGUGCCGACGGCCCCGAGGCCGAGGUGGUCGGUCUGGACGACAACGGCUUCCUGCAAGUGUACAGCAAGGAGCAGGGCGUGGUCUCGGUGGAGCCCGAUGGGAACUCCUUUGACAUGCUGAUGAACCUGGUGGUGUCAAAGCAGCACUAGGGCCGCACGCAAACGACCAACGGCGUCCUCCGUGACACGACGUCCCGCCCGUUCUAUCGUAUCGAUGAGUACGCCUUGCCGCAGGGACUGCAUGUCUGGACUCGUUUUCUGCACCGCGAGGUCGAACCCUGCACCCGCGGGCUGGGAAUUCAUUCUGUGUUUGUAUGCUAAGCCGUGUCUUCAAUGAAUUCUGUACUGUGUACCAAACAAAGAUCAAUUGCAAUUGAAAAUUCCAGUUGAUUUUUUAACACUACGAUUUGAAGUUCCCGUGGAUCUCGCAUUUGUAUGUAAAUAUUUCCUGUUCAUGGCGUCUCCAUGAAGCUAAAAACUAGCUCUUAAUUAGUGAUCAUUCCAGAUGGUUUAAAAACAUGUUGUAAAAAUUUAAUGCAUCCUUUUUGCGAUUUAACAUGGCAAACCACAAACACUUUAUUUGCGACUAAGAGUUUUCUUAAUUUAGGUUGCUCUAUUGAAUGGUGUGUUGUAGCAUUAGAACUGUAUCUAGAGAAAAAUUGGUCAUUGUUGGCUAAUUUAUUCAAACAAAGACUGGCUUUAAUAAGUGUGGAUAUGUAUUGUAUCUGUUCAUCAAUACCACAAACCUUUAUUUAAAUAUUGCAGUUUAACUGAUAAUGGCAUCCUUCCUUCCGACAGGGUUUUGGGGAGUUCUUCCUUGUGUCAAAAGUAAUAAAGAAAAUUUAAUCGAAAUCCACUUAAUUCACACAAAUUUAAUACACUCAUUGCAUUUUUUUAAAUAUAAUGAAAAACUGCAUUUGCAGUAUAACAGUUUUGGGGAAUUUCAUACAUUUACAUUUGUAUGUGGCUGGCUCUCAUGUAUGACAUAUGAUAAUUAUAUUUUGUUCAACGUAUUAAUAUAAUGGACAAUACCGUACACAUCUGCUAGAAAUAAUAACUUGAAUAUACCGACAGCACAAACACUCAAACCAGCGUGUGCUUCCGCCAUCGCAGUAGGACUGAUGGACCUCUGUCUAUGGCACUAGGACUUUGAUGACCUCUGUCUAUCGCAUAAGGACUGGACAACUGUCUCACAGAGUGACCAUUGCGGAUCAAUUUUAUUUCAGGAUGUUGGAUGUUUAGGGAGGAGACUCACUACAGAUUACUGCAGUGGCGAUUGCUCUAUGACUGCAGGGAAAGCUCGGCUUCCCCUAAAAGAGUCAAAUCGUCCUAACCUAGAACCAUUUGAAUAGCCACAUGAAUGGGCUCUGGUACACUUUUCUCCUUGGUGAAGAAACAUGGAAUAAAAAAUGCAAAACACAGGACUUUGAAUUCCUACAGUAAGUAUCAUUCCCGAUGGUCUAUAAAAAACUUGAAUUCAUUUUUUUUCUCGAUAUGAAUUAUGCUAUGUUCAAUAUGCUAUGUUCAAUAAUGCGGUUGCCACCAUAUUCCUCCCAUAAAAGUCUUAUUCGAUUAUGCUACAAAAAUUACAUGAGUUUAUUGUACAUUUUCAUAAGGGUGGUGUGGCCUGUUCUGAGCGGUCAUGGCUACAACCAUAGGGGGGAGGGACGGCCCCUAGAAUGCCCCAGUACAUGAUGUGUUCUAGAGGGACAUCAGAUAGACCAACCCAGUCUCACGGAAAUACGUGACACUGUCACUGUCAAAUACAAAGGGCUUUUUU